CCCGGAGAGCGGGCAAGCAAGCGCAAUUCUCAGGGCAUUCUUAUUCCUCCAUUUGGGCGUCUUGUAUGGCUCGGCGACCACAGAGAAACUGAAUUUCCAGUUUAACUGCUUACACGAGGGCGCGGCUCUGCGGCGGGGGCUCGGGCUCAGGGUUCACCCCCAGCACCGCGCGCGUAGGCACCUGCCGCGAGCACGAAGGGCGCCCGUUCACGCACAAGACGCCUCAUCCCUGCAAAGCCGCCCUACGCACCCUUCCCGGCUCGGACCCCCAGCUCCUACCCGCGGAGGGGAAGCUAUGGAGAUGGGGCGCUGCAGGCGUUUCCCGGGAGUCGCCGCCGCGCCCCCUAAGCCCGCGCACACGCGCCGUACCCCGCCGGGCCUUAUUUCUCAGCACCGCCCGUCUUCCCGACGAGCGCCAAAUAAGUCUCCGGGCCCCGUCCUGCCCUGCGUGCGCGGCCCCGCCGCCUGCGUCACUAGGAAGCGCGCGCCCGGGCCGCCGCCGCCGCCGCCGCCGCCGAAUCCCCAACAAGGAGCGGAGCCCGCGGCCGCCGCCUCCGCCGCCACCGCCCUCCCGCCGCCAGCUCCGCCGCCCGCCUGCCGGCGCCCGCGCAGGCCCGGCCAGGCCCAGGACGUAACUAGUGGAUACAGCCUGAUGAGUUUGGAGAUAAGGCACACUGGGCAGCCAUCACCACCACCUGCCCCGGAAACCCAUCCGCCGCCUCCGGAAGUUUCUUCCUACCCUCAUUAUUACUACUAUUUAGUGAUAAGAGGAAGCAUCCUGGCCAGACCCGAGCUGCAGAUCUGAGCUGCCUGUGGCCAGGGCCUCGCUUGGGGUCAGUCUCCAGAGCCUUGCAGUGCCGUGUGCAUCUGUCCCGUAGGUCAGCUCUCAACACCUCUGGCUUGCCAUUUAGGACCUGGGGCCCUGGCAGAGUGACGUUCUUGGUCCUGGUGUUCCCUGCAGCUGAGCCAUGGCGACCCCAGAAGUGAGUGUCCACAUGGAGGAGGUGGUGGUGGUGACAACGCCUGACACGGCAGUGGACGGCAGUGGCGUGGAGGAGGUGAAGACUGUGCUGGUGACGACCGACUUGGCUCACGGGGGCGACCUGACAGAAGAUAACAUGGAGACGGAGAAUGCGGCGGCAGCCGCCGCAGCUGCGUUCACGGCGACCUCGCAGCUCAAGGAGGCCGUGUUAGUGAAGAUGGCGGAAGAGGAGGAGAACAUGGAGGCUGAAAUCGUGUACCCCAUUACCUGCGGGGACAGCAGGGCCAACUUGAUCUGGAGGAAGUUCGUGUGCCCUGGCAUCAAUGUGAAGUGUGUUCAGUAUGAUGAGCACGUGAUCAGCCCGAAGGAGUUUGUGCACCUGGCCGGCAAGUCCACCCUGAAGGACUGGAAGAGAGCCAUCCGCAUGAACGGCAUCAUGCUCAGGAAGAUCAUGGACUCCGGAGAGCUGGACUUCUACCAGCAUGACAAGGUUUGCUCCAACACCUGCCGCAGCACCAAGAUCGACCUCUCUGGAGCCCGUGUGUCCCUGAGCAGCCCCACGCCGGCCGAGUACAUCCCACUCACACCCGCCACGGCCGACGUGAAUGGGUCGCCUGCUACCAUCACCAUAGAAACCUGCGAGGACCCCGGAGACUGGACCACAGCUAUUGGAGAUGACACGUUUGCCUUCUGGAGAGGCCUCAAGGAUGCCGGCCUGCUGGAUGAGGUCAUACAGGAGUGCCACCAGGGGCUGGUGGACACCAUGGCAGGCCUGCAGCAGCGGGCCCAGGACCCCCCACUGCAGCUCCGAGACGCCGUGCUCCUCAAUAACAUCGUGCAGAAUUUCGGCAUGCUGGAUCUGGUGAAGAAGGUGCUGGCCAGCCACAAGUGCCAGAUGGACCGCUCCCGUGAGCAAUAUGCCCGUGACCUGGCAGGUCCCCUGCCCUGCCCUGCGCUGACGCUGUCCCUGCCUGCAGCCCUGGAGCAGCAGUGCGAUGAGCACCGUCGGCGGGCCAAGGAGCUGAAGCACAAGUCCCAGCACCUCAGCAACGUGCUCAUGACGCUGACCCCCGUUUCCCUGCCGCCUCCCACCAAGCGGCCCCGGCUUGCCAGGGCCACCUCCGGGCCAGCCGCCAUCGCCUCGCAGGUGCUCACGCAGUCUGCCCAGAUCACCCUCGGCCCUGGCGUGCCCCAGCUGACCGGCGUGCCCCUUGGCAAAGUGGUGUCCGCGCUGCCCUCCCCCGUGCUGGGCAAGGGCUCGCCCCAGGCUGCGCCCACCAGCUCCCCAGCCUCGCCACUGCUCGGGGGCUACACAGUGCUGGCCUCGCCGGGCACCGCUUUCCCAAGCACGGUGGAGAUCCACCCGGACGCACCCAGCCUCGCAGUCCUUAGCACAGCUGCUGUGCAGGACGGCAGUGCCGUGGUCAAGGUGGUGAGCCCACUGCAGCUGCUCACACUGCCCAGCCUGGGCCCUGCCCUGCAGAAUGUGGCCCAGGUGGCACCUGGGGGCAGCACCAUCCUCACAGUGCCCACAGGGGCUGUUGAGAGCACCAUGGCAGCCUCAGGGCCCGAGGACCACACAGCCACCAUCGAGGUGGCCACAGUGGCGGAAGGCCACGAGCACAAGUAGCCGCUAGCAGAGGGUGAGGCCUCUGCAGGCCCAGGGCUGGCUGCCUCUCUUGAGGUCACGGCCAGGUGGGAGCAUGGCACCGGUGCCCAGCGGGUCCUUCAGGGCUGCUGAACCAAAGAGGAAAUGCCAAAACAGGAGAGAAAAAGGGACAGAAAUGACAGCAGCCGUGAAACCGGUCUUCGAGUUCUGAGCCUCCUCCCUUUCAUUGCUGGGAAAUAUAUUUUUUCAUCUGUUGCUUCUUAAUACUGUUUACACCUUAGGCCCAAUCAGGAGCCAGGUGGGAGAGGCUGAGAGGCCAGGUGCAGCGGGUGACAUACAGAUCCGGGGACGCCCAAGGGCGCUCAUGUGUGAGGACCUUGGUGAGCCUGAGCCGCUGAGGAGGGACAUUACUAACACAUGUCUUGGGAACCCCAAGUGUGGAACCCGUGGAUCCUAUGGAUUCGUUUCUUCCCACAAUUCUCUGUAGGGUUGGUGCAGCUUGUACCUGCUGUCCCGUCUCCAGUGGGCUUCAUGGGCGUGGCAGGUCUGCGCGGGCUCAGGUCUGGCGACGCCUGGGUACCUGGGGUUUGGGUGCACAUCCUGGGGGCACCCACCUGUGCAGAGAGGCCCGAGGCGCCGGCCUGCCCUCUUACGGGGGACGCGCCUGCCUGGCAGGUGCUCAGUGUGCAAGUCCUUGUAUGCGCCCUGGUAUUUGUAAGUGAACUGUCCAGUCAGCUUCUAGGAAGAGCUGGAUUUAUAGCAUUUUCAACGUAAACAAUGUUGAGUGCCUAGGCUUCCCAAAUCUGAUCUGGGUUCCAGACUGUUUUGCAUGAAGUGACUGUUGGGAUGGCCCAUGGGUGGUGCGGUGCGGGGCUCUGCUGCCCCAGACCAGGAGCCCCGCCCUCCCAGGGAAGCCCGAUGGUGGACUUUGUCCUCCUGGGGUGAAUGUGAGCAACAGGAUGGGGGCCCAGGAGGGUCCCCACAGGGUAGGUGGAGACGCCUCUUCAGACCUGGGGCUCCUGUCACCCUCAUGCUCAACCUUCAGGGGUCCCCUGAUGGGGACACUGGUGCCCAGUGGGCUGGGCCAAGCUAGCCCCCACUGACAUGGGAACCAGGGGACUCACGGGAAGGGCUGUCUGAGGGGUCUGAGUCUGAACUCAGGAGGAAGACCAACCAGGUGGCCACCCUCUGGGUCCCUGUGGCCACCCUGGGCCUCGUGCCAGAUCCCUGGCCUGUGGAAGACCCUCCUCUGGGCCCACAGUGGGAGGGAGCCACCCACCUCGUGCUUUGAGGGACUAGGUUCUGCCCAUCCGCCCUGCCGUCAAGUGCCCCGGCCUCUGCGCAGCGGCCCAGCCCACUCGAGCUGUUGUUUUCUGUCUUCUUUCUGUUCAUCUGUGUCUGCUGCUGUUGUGGGUCAGCUGUUCAGGUGACAUUUGUGUGUUUGUGUAUAUACGCCUUGUGUAAGCUUGCCUGCACCGAGUGGCGAGGCCUGUUACAGGCCGCGGGGGGUGGGCGCCACACCAGCUCAGACCGUGUGGAAAACCAUGUAUAACAGCGCACCUUGCCCUCUGAGUGGGACAUUCUCCCUCCCUUCAAAGCACCGUCCCUGCCCCCAGAGCCGUACAAACGGAAACCACAGAUGCCCCAGAAUCACCCCACCUCCCUCCACCUGGGCUGGGAGGGCCCUGCGCCCCAGCGGGGGAGGGGGUUUGCCAUCAAGGAGACCGCAGCCCAAGGGGAGGGAGUGUCAGGCCGGCGUCCCCCAGGGUGGGAGCUCAGGCUGUCCUGGCCGCCAGGCUUUGGUUCUGGGAAGGCACCGCCGGCUCAAAGGCAGCCCGGGGAAGGGGGGCAUCUGAGUGAUACUUUGUAUGUGGUUUUGCAAGUAUCUGCUUGGUACUUCGAUUUAAAAUAAAACGUUUUUCAUAA